AAAGUCUAAGUAUAAUACAGUAUUGGCUCUGCGACUGACCUUGAUUUCCGCUUUAGGUGGAUUUCUUUUUGGUUAUGAUACUGGAGUUAUCUCCGGAGCUAUGAUACAAAUAAGAAAGCAUUUUAGUCUUUCUACAUUUUUACAAGAGCUGGUGGUUAGUAUCACAAUAGCAUCUGCAGCAUGUUUUUCGCUUUCUGGUGGAUUUUUAAGCGAUUAUCUAGGUAGAAAACCGGUUAUAAUGAUUGCUGGAGUCGUUUUCACUCUUGGAGCUAUCAUUAUGGGGGCAUCUGUCUCGGUAGGAUCAUUGCUAGCCGGAAGGUUGGUGGUGGGUGUUGGUAUUGGUAAUGUUUACCGGUUUUCUUUCAUUCCAGGCCUUGCUUCUAUGGUUGUACCUAUUUACAUAGCUGAAUGUGCUCCAAACAAAAUCAGGGCACAACUCGUCACUAUAAAUAAUUUGUUUGUGACUGCUGGCCAGUUUGUUGCCUGCAUAGUCGAUGGGAUUUUUUUUUUCGAUCAAACAAAUGGCUGGAGAUUCAUGUUAGCAAUUGGGGGUCUCCCAUCCUUAAUUCAAAUAAUUUGCUUCUUUUUUCUCCCUGAGACACCUCGUUGGCUUGCUGGACGCAGGAAGUUAGAGAGUGCGCGUAAAGUUUUGCAGCAAGUUUAUGAUAGAGAACCAAAUGAUCCCUUUAUCAUUUCAGAGCUGAGGAAAAUAGAGCUAGCCUGUAUAUAUUCUGGAGAAUACGAAGUAUCUCAAGGUGAAGAAAUUCAUUUUGAUGAUUCGGAAACUCGGUCAUUGCAGCCAAAUUACAAAACAACGAUCUUAUGA